AUGGCCGCAACGACAACCACCUCGACCCUGGCAGGGAUUGAAAAGAAAAAAGAAGAAAUCACCCUGCAGACCAUCAAAAACGCCAUCCCCAAGCACUGCUUCGAGCGCUCCCUCCUCACCUCCUCCCUCUACCUGGUCCGCGACCUCAUCUACGCCAGCACCCUCUUCUACCUCGGCCUGCAGAUCGACUCGUUCCUCUCGUCAACGCCCCUCCGCAUAAUAGCCUGGCUCGCCUACGGCUUCCUGCAAGGCUGCGUCGGCACCGGCAUCUGGAUCCUCGCGCACGAAUGCGGCCACGGCUCGUUCUCGCCGUACCAGACAUGGAACGACGUCGUCGGCUGGGCCUGCCACUCGCUCCUGAUGGUCCCCUACUUCAGCUGGAAGAUCACGCACGCGCGUCACCACCGGUACACGAACAACACGGACCGGGACACCGCGUUCGUGCCCUGGAUGGAAAACGAGUAUGAGCACCGCCCGCGCUAUCUCCCCGCCUGGAUCGAGGUCUUCGAGGACACGCCCAUCUACAACCUCGUCAGUCUGCUCGCGCACCAGCUCGCGGGCUGGCAGACGUAUCUCUGCUUCUACGUUAGUGCCGGCGCGAAGAGUAAGCCCGUGCCGCAGGGGAAGCAGAGCGGGUGGUUUGGCGGCCAGCAGAGCGCGAGCCACUUUGACCCGGGCAGCUCGCUGUGGACGGAGAACCAGCGGCACCUGAUUGCGAUUUCGGAUUUGGGGCUGCUGAUUGUUGCGGCGGCGAACUGGUAUCUUGCGCAGAAGGUUGGCGUGCUGAAGAUGGUGCUGCUUUAUGUUGUGCCGUAUUUCUGGGUGCAUCACUGGCUUGUCGCAAUCACCUACCUCCACCACACGCACCCCUCAAUCCCGCACUACACCGAUUCCACCUGGACGUUCACCAAGGGCGCGCUGUCGACUGUUGACCGCGACUUCGGGUUCAUUGGGCGCCACUUCUUCCACCACAUUAUCGACCACCACGUUGUUCACCAUCUGUUCAGCCGGAUUCCGUUCUACCAUGCCGAGGAGGCGACGGAUGCUAUCAUCCCUGUUCUCGGCGAUAUGUAUCACCGCGAGGAGACGGGCUUUAUGCGGAGCUUGUUUGAGACGUACAAGAACUGCCAGUUUGUUGGUGUUGAGAAAGAGGUUGGCAAAGAGGGCGUUUUGCAUUGGGUUUUUGAGGACAAGAAGGGUGAGAAGGCUCAGUAA